GCUUUUUAUAUUGAAUUGGUUUCGUCGCGCUUGCCACCAAUUCAGCGCACUUGUGUGAUCCUCAUUUCGGUGCUCCACAGUUAAAAUUUUUGCAUAUUGUUUUGUGGUGUAGAUAAUUCGUUCGCCGAGAAUAAAUUGUCGGCACGAUUGUUUGUAUAACUUUAUUUACUGUAUCAGUGGCAUAAGUCCGCAUCUAAGACCUGUAUAGAAGAGGUAUAAAUAAUUAAUGAAGAACCGUCCACGAAUAUCUACACAAAAAGCUCGUUCUUAAUAGGAUUUCAAUUCAAUCAACAUACUUUGCAAAAUAUUUGUGGUACAGCUGAAGUGGGUGAAUACAAAGAAAAUAGAUAAAGCAAUUAAUACAGCUGACUUACAACACGGUGAAGUGGAGUUCAUGGGUUUUGAAGUAGAAUACCCAAUAACUUGUGUGCAUUAGCCCAACCGCAGAAACCCAACCGAAGCUCUCAAAACUUUUGAAAGCCCAGACCAACACGAGCCAACCGCACACAGAGAGGCACACACAUAAAGACAGAGAGGCAGAGAAACAUGUCGGACACAACAUCGUUUGAAAUGGGCUCGGUCGAUCGACCCAACCGCUUCCAAGUGAAUCCUGUAAACCAUCACAAAAACAACAAUGACAAUGGCAACGGAGACCGCAAAUCACAUCCACCUCCCGGCGAAGAGGUCUACCGCCGUUUGACCAACAUCGAGGGAGACCUGCUCGAGGACGACACUUUCGAUGCGACACAAUUACUGAACAAACAGCAGCCCAGACACCAGAGACAAUCCAUCAAGAGUAGUUUUCGCGAUAAGGAUAAGCCAUCCCGCUUUAAGGAUUUUCAAACAACAACGCGUUUUCAAGUCGAUCCGCAAAAUGAGGAGUCGGACUCGUCAAAUGAUUCGCAAGAGGAACGUGACCUUCUGGAGAAUGAAUAUGAUACCAAAUACGGCAAAAGUUUUCGGCAUUUUACUCGUGAGGCGCUGCCACGCCUGGAUAAUUAUCGUAAUAUGAUGUCCAUACAGGCCGCCUACCGUCCAACGCUCGACGAGCUGCAUAAUGCAACGCUGGUGGGCAAAAACACGCACAGCCUGCAACGCAACCAGGACUUGGAGUCGGGCAACACAAAUGGUGUACUCAAAUUUGGUUGGAUCAAAGGUGUGUUCGUUCGGUGCCUCCUAAACAUAUGGGGUGUGAUGCUCUUUUUGCGCCUCAGCUGGGUGGUGGGGCAGGCGGGCAUCAUCGAGGGGUUUGUAUUAAUACUGACAACGACCGCUGUCACCACCAUAACGGCGUUGUCAAUGUCGGCGAUAAGCACUAACGGUGUCAUCAAAGGCGGUGGCACCUAUUAUAUGAUAUCACGGUCCCUGGGACCCGAAUUUGGUGGCUCCAUUGGGUUGAUUUUCUCGCUGGCAAAUGUUGUUGCAUGCGCCAUGUAUGUGGUGGGCUUCUGUGAGUCAUUGCAGGCCAUGCUGACGGCUAUGGGUUUGGAAAUCGUUGAUGGUGGUGUUACAGACGUGCGCAUUGUGGGCAGCACCACCAUACUGUUGCUUCUCAUUAUCGUUGUCGUCGGCAUGGAGUGGGAGGCCAAGGCACAAAUUGGGCUGCUCAUCAUUCUGCUGGCAGCUAUCGUCGAUUUCGUCAUCGGCAGCCUCAUUGGUCCCAAGAAUGAUGGCGAGAAGGCCAAGGGCUUCAUCGGAUAUAAUGCCACGGUAUUCCAAUCAAAUCUGUUUGCGGACUACCGUCAUCAGGGUUAUGUCAGUCACGACUUCUUCUCAGUAUUCGCCAUCUUCUUUCCCGCGGCCACGGGCAUUUUGGCUGGCGCCAACAUUUCCGGCGACUUAAAGGACCCACAAAAGUCUAUACCCAAGGGCACUAUCCUGGCCAUUGCUAUCACAACGGCUACCUAUUUGAUAAUGGUUCUGAUCUGUGGCAGCACCGUGGCUCGUGAUGCCACUGGCUACGUGGUUGAUACCCUCAACGGCUCAUUCGCAUUUCUAAAUUGCUCGACAACCACCACCGGUACAUGCCUCUAUGGUCUGCAGAAUUCGGUCCAGGUAAUUGAAUUAGUAUCUGCUUUUGGGCCGCUUAUUUAUGCUGGUUGUUUUGCCGCUACAUUGUCAUCGGCAUUGGCUAGUCUGGUUUCGGCGCCAAAGGUCUUUCAGGCUCUUUGUCGGGAUGAGUUGUAUCCGAAAAUAAUUUGGUUUGCCAAAGGCUAUGGCAAGAACAAUGAGCCAGUGCGCGGCUAUGUGUUGACAUUUGUCAUAUCAAUGAUCUUUAUUCUUGUUGGGGACCUCAACUCGAUUGCACCGCUCAUCUCGAAUUUCUUCUUAGCCGCCUAUAUGUUAAUCAAUUUUAGCACAUUCCAUGCUAGCCUGGCCAAGCCAGUUGGCUGGCGACCAACUUUUAAGUAUUAUAAUAUGUGGUUGAGCCUUAUGGGUUCCAUACUCUGUGUGGCAGUAAUGUUUCUGAUAUCGUGGGCCACAGCACUCAUCACCUUUUGCGUGGUGCUGGCACUGUACUUAAUUGUCGCCUAUCGCAAACCGGAUGUCAACUGGGGCUCCACCACACAGGCACAGACGUACAAGAACGCAUUGAUGUCCGUGCAGCAGCUCAACAAUGUGGAGGAUCAUGUGAAGAACUAUCGACCGCAGAUACUCGUCCUUUCUGGUCUGCCCAAUACACGUCCUGUUUUAGUUGAUCUUGCUUACAUGCUGACAAAGAAUCUAUCGCUCCUGGUUUGCGGACAUGUGCUGCGCGGUCCCGGUUCGCAGAAGUACCGCAACUACCUCAAAGAGCGUGCCUCCAACUGGUUCCAGAAGCAUCGCGUCAAGGGCUUCUAUGCACUCAUUGAUGGCGAGGACUUUGAGGCAGGUACACGCGCUCUAAUGCAGGCCACGGGCAUUGGCAAACUCAAGCCAAAUAUCAUACUCAUGGGCUACAAGACCGAUUGGCAGACGUGCGAUAGAAAAGAACUGGUCCAAUAUUUCAAUGUCAUGCAUAAGGCUCUUGAUAUGUAUCUCUCUGUGGCCAUAUUGCGUGUGCCGAACGGCCUGGACUGCUCACAACUGCUCGGUUCGCCGGAUAACAGCUGGACAACCGCCAACUGCAGUUUGGAGGUGCCACGCACUUUACAACCAAAUGAGAGCUCCAACGAUCUACAGGCUGCCGAUAAUAGUGCACGGCUUGGCCUCAGUGGCAGCAUGGAUUCUUUGAGCCGAAAUGUAUCGCAAGUUUUAGAUGCCGCCAGCAAAUUGGCUCGCACAGAUAAUGGAUUGAAUUUUGUGAAAAUGCGUUUCAAGCAAGGCCUAUGUAGAAUACGCUCUUGGCCAGGUGGAGUUGAGUCUUCCAGCACCAGCGACUUAUCCUUCAUAGCAGCCAAUCAGGUGAAGGAUGUGUCUGGGCUGCCCGAUCCCCUUGACGCCAAGACCGUCAAUGAGCAGCCAAAUACACUGAGGAAAUCGAAACAGAAGCACGACGAUCCUGUUUCACUUUACCGUGGUCCUGGUGGCGCCGAGCUGCCUAAGGAUGUGCUGGCUGACUUGACGCAAUUUACGCGUAAGCGCAGCCACGCCGUAAUCGAUGUCUGGUGGUUAUACGACGACGGCGGGCUCACAUUGUUGCUGCCUUACAUCAUAAGCACUCGACGCACCUGGCAAUCAUGUAAAUUGAGGGUCUAUGCACUGGCAAACAAGCAAGCGGAAUUGGAAUAUGAACAGCGUUCGAUGGCCAGUUUGUUGUCCAAGUUUAGAAUUGAUUACUCCGACCUGACGUUGAUACCGGACAUUACCAAGAAGCCGCAAGAAUCAUCCACGCAGUUUUUCAACGAACUGAUUAAGGAUUUCGUUGUAGGCGACAAGGAGAAUGGCAACAGCAGCAAAGCAACUCUGAACGAGGAUGAAGCCCUCAUUAGCGACGAUGAUCUGCUGGCCGUUGUGGACAAGACGAAUCGAUAUCUACGCAUUAGAGAGUAUCUGCGGGAGCAAUCAACUACUUCGGAUCUCGUCGUGAUGACGUUGCCCAUGCCCCGCAAGAAUAUCGUAUCGGCACCCCUCUAUAUGGCCUGGCUGGAGAGUUUGAGUCGCGGCAUGCCUCCAUUUUUAUUUGUGCGAGGCAAUCAGACGAGUGUUCUCACAUUCUACUCGUAGGCGUGGCACAGACAAACAUACGCCGCUUUUGUAUUCUGUUUAUAACCAAACUCAAUCUUGUUGUUAGUUGUACGAGUACAAGAAUUUUAUGUUAUUCUAGUUGUAUCAUAAAUGAAUUUAUAUUUAUAUAGACAUAUACAAGCUCACAAAAGCAUACCUGAACCCCAACCAUGACGCACACUGACGAUUAAAUUUUAUGCAGACUUGUA